CCGGUGUCCCAAGCCCGGCGACUUCUAACGGCACAGUUCGUUUUAGGUAAUCGCCGUCGUUAACCAACCUAUCCCCGAGGGAAUUCGCUCAACGACUUGGCAACGCGUUUGCGUGGGUAUUCGCCAUGACAAAAUCACAGUCAAAAGAGGACCUGAUCGGGUCUAAAGACCAACUGCGAACAGAUAGAAAAUCAUUUGUCUUACCGCCAGAUUAUGUACUGACACCCACAGAGAAGAAAUUCCUAUUGCUUGUCGAACGAGGCGACUGCGCAUCUGUUCAGAGGUUGAUCAACGAACACAAGGGGCAGCCGGAAGUGUUGAACAUUGAUUGUACUGAUCCGUUAAACAGAACCGCAUUGAUAGCGGCUAUUGAAAAUGAAAAUAUGGACUUGAUACAGUUGCUGUUGAAAGCUGGUAUUAAGGUAAAAGACGCGUUGUUGCACGCCAUCAAAGAGGAGUACGUCGAGGCCGUUGAGUUGUUGUUGGAAUGGGAGGAAAAAGUACACGUCGAAGGACAACCCUAUUCUUGGGAAGCGGUGGAGCAAUCAGCUUCGACGUUCACUCCGGAUAUCACUCCGCUAACAUUGGCUGCACACAUGAACAACUACGAGAUAUUAAAAAUAUUAUUAGACAGAGGUGCUACCUUACCAAUGCCCCACGACGUCAGGUGUGGUUGUGACGAAUGUAUUACUUCCAGUACCCAAGAUUCGCUGCGUCACUCGCAUUCGAGGAUUAACGCCUAUAAAGCACUGACUUCGCCGUCCCUUAUAGCUUUAUCAUCGAGAGAUCCGCUGCUCACCGCGUUCGAAUUGAGUUGGGAGUUGCGAAGACUUAGUACAAUGGAAUCCGAAUUUAGAAACGAAUACAAUGAAAUGAGAAACACCGUCCAAACGUUCGCGACGUCCCUGUUGGACCACGUGAGGACUUCUUACGAAUUGGAGAUAAUGCUAAAUCAUAACCCCAAAGGCGAUCCGUGGGAACCUGGCGAGAGAUUGACCCUAGAGCGUCUUAAAUUGGCAAUAAAAUACAAACAAAAAGCGUUUGUAGCUCAUCCAAACGUUCAACAGCUGUUGGCCGCUAUUUGGUACGACGGACUUCCAGGAUUUCGCCGGAAGAGUAUGGUAGGGCAAAUGAUCGAAGUCGGCAAGUUAGGUGCAAUGUUUGCUAUGUACGGUACCAUGUACAUGUUGAAUCCGGAAUCAAAAAUGGGUCUACUAAUGAAGAAGCCGUUUAUAAAAUUCGUUUGUCAUUCGUCAUCGUACGCGUUUUUCUUAACACUAUUGGCUCUAGCGUCGCAAAGAGUUGAAUUUUUAGCUUUAGAAUGGAUCGACACAGAAUGGACGAAUUCGAUUCUGGUGGAAAUGACAAGAAAAGAAAGAGGCUCCAUACCCGGACCCAUAGAAUCCGGAAUUAUAAUAUACAUCAUAAGUUUAAUAUGGAGAGAAGCUCACUCAUUGUACUCGGAAGGCUUAGUAGAGUACAUAGGUGACUUGUGGAACAUUGUCGAUUUCAUAACAAAUGUGUUUUAUAUGUUGUGGAUUAGUUUGCGGUUUUCUUCUUGGUACAUAGUACAGAGAGAAUACAACCAAGGAUAUGAUCCGUGGUAUCCUCGAGAAAAUUGGGACAAAUUCGAUCCGCACCUGGUCUCAGAAGGAGCAUUUGCCGCUGCUAUGAUAUUCAGUUUCUUAAAACUUGUACACAUAUUCAGCGUUAAUCCUCACCUGGGUCCGCUGCAAAUAUCUCUGGGUCGUAUGAUUAUUGACAUCAUAAAGUUCUUCUUCAUAUACACUCUUGUACUUUGUGCUUUCGGGUGUGGUCUCAACCAAUUACUCUGGUACUACGCAGACUUAGAAUCAAAAAAAUGUUACCAUAUUAGCACUGAAGAGCCAGAUUUUGAAAAUCAAGACAAAGCUUGUACGACGUGGCGACGAUUUGCAAACAUUUUCGAAACGUCGCAGUCGUUGUUUUGGGCUGGGUUUGGCCUGGUAGACUUGACGGCUUUCGAACUGAGCGGUAUUAAGAGCUUCACUCGUUUUUGGGGCUUAUUACUGUUUGGAUCGUACUCUGUGAUAAACAUCAUAGUUUUGUUGAACAUGCUCAUCGCUAUGAUGUCGAAUUCGUAUCAAAUCAUUUCGGAACGGUCCGACAUGGAAUGGAAGUUCGCGCGUAGUGCUUUGUGGAUUUCGUACUUUGAGGAUGGAGAUACCGUACCAGCGCCUUUUAACUUGUUCCCCUCGUUGAAAAACCUCAAACGUAUGAUGGGAGUCGGAGCGAGCCAGCGGACUACGGGGUCUAUGAUUUUCAAAUCUCGAGAAAAAGCCUUGGCCCGUCACGACAUAGUCAUGCGGCUAUUGGUCAGGCGUUACGUGACGGCGGAACAACGCAAGAGCGAAGAGUUUGGCAUCACCGAGGACGACGUGACGGAGAUACGACAAGACAUAUCUUCGAUGAGGUUCGAGAUGAUCGACAUAUUCAAACGGAACGGAUACAAGACGCCCAUAAUGGACGGCGACCCGUCUGUCGCUCAGGGCAAAAAAGGACGCGUCAUGGAACGUCGUCUGUUAAAGGACUUCCAGAUCGGUCUGGUCGAAGGGCUCAUACAGGAGGCGAUCACGUCUAACGAGAAAGGACCCAAGGACGUGUUCAGCAAGAUCGCCAAGGCCAUCGGUCGGCGGACCAGUCAGGGGAGCAAAAAGAAAGAUUGGAACGCCGUUGUCAGGCAAAAGAGUAUUGCCAAAGACCCGAUCGGCAGUACAACAGAGGGUAUGGAACGGCGUCGUAGGCAGAGUAUGCGUCGCUAUAUUCUUGACCACCAGAAUGAGGGUCUGCAGUCGAUGGACCCGGAGAAACUCAUCGAGUACAAUCCUCUGCUGGCGGAAAUAGCACCGGCGGCCCGAGUCGCGUACGCCAAGUUCAAGAUACCGAAAAUUAAACAGGAGUACGAAGAGAACACGGAAGAAGUUUCGGACGAAGUGGUCGAGAACGUGCCGUCGGUGGAUGUGGUGGACGAGACAAAAAAAGAUUCAAUAGUCAGGCCCAGGCCGAAGGGCUCGCGCAAGGAUCCGGCUCCCGGGGCUCUGCCUUUUCCGUCUACUAGUUCGGAAAAGCCCGGGGACUCGUUAAAACGCUGUCCUUCCAAAACAGCUAAGCCGGUCGAUACGGUACCUAAAGUGGAACAGUCUCCAGCUCGGCAGCAACCGAAAGAGACCGCGAGGCAAGUAAGAAGUGGCGGCGAAGAAGGGAAACCCGGAGAAGUCGAAAAACCGCAAGAGGUCGCCGAUAUUUCUGGAGAACAACGAUCAGGACACGAGUCUGAACAAUCGAAACGGGAUGAGCCGGAAAAUGCACCUAAAAGCGGGGAUGAGCCUACGCCGUCUACGUCCGAAGAAGCGGCCGAGGUAAAAGGCGAUGACAAGUUAAAAAAAUCCGAAGAAGACCCAAAAGAAGGGACCUCGAAAGAGACUAAGCCGGUCGUGAAACAUUUGAAACCGGAAUCGCCCAAACGUUCGGCUAGUCCGAAAAAGCAAGGCGGUAAGUCAAAAGUGACUGGAGAGAUAUUGACUGGUUGGCUGUGAGGUCCGCUUGAAGAUGUUCUGGGAAAACAGCAAACAAAAACAUGGAAAAUGUAUUAUUAUAAACUUAAUUUGUAAUACUUUUGUACAAUAUGUAGAUUAAAUGUCCUAGACAAAAUUGUUUACAUCAUAAAUCUUAAAAAAGUUAGGUAGGUUUUCUUUACUAUAACAUACUAUGAAAAUGAUACGUUAAUUUUUAUUUUAUUUUUGAUACCAUUAUCAACUGUAUAUUAAUGGAACUGACACUUAUCUUUAUGUAGGCCGGUUAAGAAUUUAUCCGUUUAAUUUAUUGUUUUCAGACAGUUUAAUGUUAUCAGUGUUUAUAGGUGGUCUCUAAAGCGUUUACGAACAUAUCUACCGGAUUGAAAACUCGUAAUGGCGCUUUUUGUUUUUGAUGACAUUACUAUUUACUACUCAUACUUUAUUCUUUAUACCUACUAGUUAUUUUUUUUUUACAACAAUUAUUAAUAAUAUGUACAAAGUUAAGAGUUU